GAAGGAUGACAUCCCUGAAUCUGAUGAAGCAGCGAAGCACUCAUUCUGGCUGGAGGCUUCUGAGGGAGACCCCACAUGAACGGGCGCCCUGGACGAGGAGCUGCCGUGUCUGAGGGGCUUCAGAGAAAACCUGUCAGCUUUGAGAAGUCUCUGGACUGGUGAAUACAUCCAUCAACUCUCAGGAGAAGAAAACCUUUUUGGACAAACCUGAUCACGUUUAAAACAAGAAGAGUUGAGAAACACCGGACAAAUGUCACAGGUUGAGCAGGAGAUCUCUUUGGUCCAAAGCAAGAUGUCCGACCUCGAGUCUGUGCUGCAACAGAAAGACAUUGAGCUGAAGGCCUCAGAGACUCAGAGGACAAUCUUGGAGCAGGACCUGGCGACUUACAUCACUGAAUGCAGCAGUCUUAAGCGCAGUUUAGAACAAGCCCGUAUGGAAGUGACACAGGAGGACGAUAAAGCCCUGCAGCUCCUCCACGACAUCCGGGAGCAGAGCAACAAACUUCAAGAGAUCAAAGAACAGGAAUAYCAUGCUCAGUUAGAGGAGAUGCGAGUUUCCAUCAGGCAGCUGGAGGAGGACCUGUCUGCCGCCCGACGCCGUAGCGACCUGUAUGAGGCAGAACUGAAGGAGUCCCGACAAGCCAACGAGGAACAGAAGAGGAAAGCUGCAGACUACCAGCACAGGAUCCAGAAGGCCAAAGAACAAGGCAAAGCUGAGGUAGACGAGAUGAUGACCAAGUUAGAGAGGGCCAGCAUCGAACAGCAGACGAGGAUCCAGGACCUACAAGAGAAGCUUGCCAAGGCAUUAAAGGUCAGUUCUGAGGCUACAGACCACCUUCAGAACAUGAAAAUGGCCAAAGAACGUCUGGAACGAGAUCUAGAGAGGCUGCAGAAUAAGGAAGACUCCAGUGACAGCCUGCGCAGACGUCUCCGUGAGACUGAGGAUGGAAGGAAGACGCUUGAGAACCAGGUGAAACGGCUGGAGAUUGUUGAGCGCCGGGAGACUAAACUCAAAGAUGAACUUCAGAGCAAGGCCCAGCAGAUACAGCAGAUGGCAGAUAAGAUUCUGGAACUGGAGGAGAAUCUACGAGAAGCCCAAGCCACAGCCCAGAGGCUCGAGACUCAUCUGAAGCAGAAGGAAAAACUCUAUGAGGACAAAAUAAAGGUGCUGGAGGCGCAGAUGAAGGCGGACAUGGCUGAUAAGGAGAUGCUGGAGUCCAGUCAGAGCAAAUAUGAGGAGGAGGUGCGGGAGAAGUGCAGCAUCAUCAGUGAACAGAAGGCGACUAUUAAUGCAAUGGACUCAAAGAUGAACAGUCUGGAGCAGAGAAUCACUGAGCUGUCYGAGGCCAACAAACUGGCAGCCAACAGCAGUAUCUACACCCAGAAAAACAUGAAAGCCCAGGAGGAAAUGAUUUCAGAGCUUCGCCAGCAGAAGUUCUACCUGGAGUCUCAAGCGGGAAAGCUGGAGGCCCAGAAUGCCAAACUGGAAGAGCACCUAGAGAAAAUGAGCCAACAGGAGCAAAGCCAUAAGAGCCGUGUGCUGGAGCUGGAAACUAGACUCCGAGAGAUUGGGCUGGAGCACGAGGAACAAAAACUGGAGAUCAAGCGUCAGGUGACAGAACUGACCCUGUCGCUGCAAGAGCGGGAAUCUCAGAUUAGCAAUCUGCAGGCAGCUCGCCACGCUCUGGAGAGCCAGCUGCAGCAGGCCAAGACUGAGCUGGAGGAGACCACUGCAGAGGCUGAGGAGGAGAUCACUGUACUCAGAGCUCACAGAGAAGAGAUACAACGCAAGUAUGAUGCCCUGAGAGACAGCUGCGCAGUGAUCACAGAUCUGGAGGAGCAGCUGACCUCACUGACYCAGGAGAAUGCCGAGCUGAACCGUCAGAACUUCUACCUGUCCAAGCAGCUGGAUGAGGCCUCUGAUGAGAGGGAGGAUCGGCUGCAGCUCGGCCAGGAUGUGGACAGGCUGCGGCGGGAGGUGGCUGACAGGGAAAUGCACWUGAACAACCAGAAACAGAACCUGGAGACCCUGAAGACCACUUGCACCAUGCUGGAGGAGCAGGUUCUGGAGCUGGAGACGAUGAAUGACGAGCUGCUGGAGAAGGAGAGACAGUGGGAAGCCUGGAGAGCGACGCUGGAGGAGGAGAAGAACCAGGCAGAGAGGAGGAACAGGGAGAUCCAAAGGAUGCUGGACACGGAGAAACAGAACAGGCUCCGUGCAGAGCAGCGCAGCUCUGAGUCUCGUCAGGCUGUGGAACAGGCGGUCAAGGAGCACAAAGCUGAAAUCCUGGCUCUGCAGCAGGCCCUCAAAGACCAGAAACUCAAAGCUGAGAGCCUCGCAGACACUUUAAAUGAUCUGGAGAAGAAGCAUUCCAUGCUGGAGAUGAACGCCCGCAGUUUGCAGCAGAAGCUAGAGAGUGAGCGGGAAGUGAAGCAGAGACUGCUGGAAGAACAAGAGAAACUGCAGCAGCAGCUGGAUGCUCAGAAGAGUCACAUAUUCCGCCUGACCCAGGGGCUGCAGGAUGCUUUGGACCAGACCGAUUUGCUCAAAACUGAGAGGACUGACUUGGAAUACCAGCUGGAGAAUAUCCAGCUCCACCUGCAGGCUGUAUACUCUCAUGAGAAGGUGAAAAUGGAGGGAACCAUCACCCAGCAGACCAAACUCAUCGACUUCCUUCAGGCCCAGGCUCAUGGCGGCUCCAAGAAGAAAAAAGGUCUUUUCGGACGUCGGCGAGAGGACCUGUUGGCUGCCAUGGCUGCUCAGGCUCAAGCUCAGGGUCAGAGUCAGGGUCAAAGCCAGGUGCCCCCUGUGCCCCCCAUCCAGCCGGUGCCUCUGCAGUACAGCGACAUGAAGGCAGCUCUGGAUAAAGAGCGGUCUCGUUGCUCAGAGCUGGAAGAUGCUCUGCAGAAAAUGAGAAAUGAGCUCCGAUCUCUGAGAGAGGAAGCUCUCCAGUGUAAGGACCACAGCAGCACUACUAACCCAGCCACAGCAAGGCAGCAGAUAAUCCUGUCUGCCAUGGUGAAGUCCCCCGAGCACCAGCAGGGCCCCACCAGCCUGGCACCUUCCAACUCAGGACGCAGAAAAGACACCCCAACCCCCGAGGAGAGAAGGAGAGUCACUUUUGAAAAGUACAGUCGUCGUUUGAAGGACAGUCAGAGGGACAGGGACAGGGAGAGGGUCCUGCACCACAACACCCCUCACCGAUUCACCGUGGGACUCAACAUGAGAGCUGCCAAGUGUACUGUGUGCCUCGACACUGUUCACUUUGGCCGCCAAGCAGCAACCUGUCUCGAAUGUCAUGCUUUGUGCCACCCAAAGUGCUCAGCAUACCUUCCAUCGACGUGCGGCAUGUCCAGCGACUGCUCCCUGCAUCUUUCUGAUGGGCUGUGUCGAGACAAAGGCAGCUCUGCGGGUCAACAGCUCAAAGAGGCUGGUGGACACAUGCAYCUCGAGGGCUGGAUGAAACAACCCAGAAAUGGAAAGCGAGGUCAGGGCUGGGAGAGAAAAUACAUCAUCCUGGAUGGCACUAAGGUGUCAGUUUAUGAGAUMGAGCCCAGAGAAGACUCUGUGAAGCCGCUGGAGGAGUUUGACUUGUGUCUAUCUGAUGGAGAAGUGAUGGUUCAUGGAGCAGUUGGAGCUUCUGAGCUUCCAAACACUGCAAAGUCUGAUGUCCCCUUUGUCCUGAAGCUGGAGUCUCGGUGUCACACUCCCUGCUGGCCUGGUCAGUCCAUCUACUUCAUGGCCCCCAGUUUUCCAGAAAAGCAGCGCUGGGUGGCUGUGAUGGAGUCUGUGGUGGCUGGGGGACGAGCCUCGCGGGAGAAAGCAGAGGCUGAUGCAAAGCUUCUUGGGAAUUCUCUGUUAAAACUGGAAGGAGACGACAGACUGGACAUUAACUGCACCCUUCCUCUCACAGAUCAGAUCGUCCUGGUGGGGUCUGAAGAGGGUCUGUAUGCGUUGAAUGUUAUUAAGAACUCCUUGACUCACAUCCCUGGCCUGGGGUCAGUUUUUCAGAUCCAGAUCAUCAAAGAGCAGGAAAAACUGCUGAUGAUUGUCGGGGAUGAGAGGGCGCUGUGUCUGCUGGAGAUUAAGAGAGUGAAGCAGUCUCUGGCUCAGUCCCACCUGCCCAGCCCAACUGAACUGGCCCCCUACAUCUUUGAGACAGUGAAAGGCUGCCAUCUGUUUGCUGCUGGGAGGGUAGACAACGGGCCGUGUAUAUGUGCUGCUAUGCCAAAUAAAAUCACCGUUCUGCGUUACAAUGACAAUCUUAACAAAUACUGUAUCCGUAAGGAAAUUGAAACUUUGGAGCCAUGCAGCUGCAUCCAUCUGACCAGCUACAGCAUCAUCAUCGGCACCAACAAGUUCUACGAGAUUGAAAUGAAGCAGUAUGUGCUCGAAGAGUUCUUGGACAAAAAUGAUGUGUCUCUGGCCCCGGCUGUGUUUGCAGCCUCCUCUCACAGUUUUCCCAUCGCCAUCAUGCAGGUGGCCAGCAGUAUGCAGAAGGAGGAAUACCUUCUGUGUUUUCAUGAGUUUGGUGUGUUUGUGGACUCAUACGGGCGAAGAAGCCGGACUGAUGAGAUUAAGUGGAGCCGUCUGCCUCUGUCUUUUGCCUACAGGGAACCGUAUCUGUUUGUCACCUACUUCAACUCUCUGGAUGUCAUUGAAAUUCAGGGACACACAGCAGUGAGUCCCGCAGUGCUGGCCCACCUGGACAUUCCAAACCCUCGUUACCUGGGCCCAGCCAUCUCCUCCGGAGCCAUUUACCUCGCCUCCUCCUACCAGAACAAGCUGCGGGUCAUCUGCUGCAAGGGAAGCCUGAUCCGAGAGUCUGGAGACCUGCAGAGAACCGGCUCGAGCCGAGGCAGUCCCAGUAAGCGCUGCCCCCCCACUUACACGGAGCACAUUUCCAAGCGUUUGACUUCGGGACCCGGCAGCCACGACGGCCUGCAUCGGGAGCCAAGCACCCCACAUCGCUACCGGGAGGGUCGCACCGAGUUCAGACGAGACAAAUCUCCGGCUCGACCUCUGGACAGAGAGAAGUCCCCCGGCAGGGUGCUGGACAGCCGCAGGGAGAGGUCCCCGGGGAGAUUCGGGGAGAGCACCCGGCUCCAUGCUGGAUCUGUCCGAACGCAGCUCGCCCCUGUUAACAAGGUGUGGGAUCAGUCAUCCGUGUGACUCCUCCAGGCUGAAAAUGACAGGAAGCUGAAGGAGAGCACAGCUGAAAGCCUGAACUGACUCUGAGUACAAGCACACAAACACAUGAYGAAGGCCUGUACAUAGUGCAAGCUGAGCUCCAGGCUCAGUGUCGCUGCUGUGGGAGACGUCUGCUGUGACAAUCCUCUUCUCUGACGUGUUGGCUGCAUGGAACCAGCACCGAUCCACAGACUGAGAGAACACCCCUACAUGUACAUACGGCUGGGUUUUUAUAGAUGAAGGGAGCAGGCAGCAUAUGAAGCCAUGUCUAUUUUUUUUAACGAGUUUUAAAGAUGUUGCAGAGAGAUUAACGAUGUUGGUUUGGAAACACAAUACUGCUUUUAUUUUUCUUUGUUUGGAGAGUUAAAGCAACUUUUAAUUACUCCCAUAAAUCAUGAUGAGCGCUUUGACACUUUGCACAAAGAGUUAAAACCUUCUUGUUUGACCAGUCUUCUAUCCUGGGAUCGAACAAGCUCUCCUCCUGACUAAAUAUCCUCCAGUAUAUAACUGCUAUGACUGCUUUAUUGACAGCUGUUGUCGGGCCAUACUUUGUAAAACAACAAGUAAGCAAUGUUUUUUCCUCCAAGUGUUCCUUGUGUUGUUUUCUUUGGCAAACCUAAGAUGAAAUCCACGCAGCUCUGCCUCUGAUGCUGGACGCCGUGCAGCCAGGCAGCCUCAGACUGCCUCAGCUUGCUCUUAGUCCGCCGCCGCUGCUGCUGAUUGUGGUGCAGAUGUGUCCUGUUUCUGUGCAGUGGUAUGAAGUCCAGUAACCAUGAGAGGGGUCGUCACCUCGCAGAGACCACCUCCACUCGUCCCAUCAGUGAGCAUGACUUCACCUGCAGCAGCAUUUGUUGCUUUUUGAUCUCAACUCUUUCUCUUAGUUGUUUCUUUCUGUCAUGUAUCCACUUGAAUUUGCAUUCAAUAAGUAGACAUUGAUGUUAGACAGUAACUUUAAGAGUUUCUUGAUUUUUAGAGCUGUAUAACAGGACAUGCAUUAAACAUGAUCAAAGUGU